AUGGCAUCGAUCAAUGACCUCGCAACGGCGGCCAUAGCGACUUCGGCCGCAACCGACGGGCAGCCCGGGGAUGCUCUCCCUGUCACCACGCCGCCGGCGGGUGUCAUUCGCGGCGCCUUUAUUGCCUUUGAAGGUCUUGAUCGGAGCGGCAAGACUACGCAGGUGAAAUUGCUUGAGCAGCGUUUGAUUGAGGAGGGGAAGAAGGUCAAAGUCAUGCGGUUUCCGGACAGAACAACGCCCAUUGGCCAGAUGAUCGAUGCCUAUCUCAAGAGCUCAGUCGAGAUGGAAGACCACGUCAUCCACCUCCUCUUUAGCGCAAACAGAUGGGAAGCAGUAAAAAACAUUCAAAAUCUCCUGGCGUCAGGAUACAUCGUCAUUUGCGACAGGUAUUAUCACUCCGGCAUCGUCUACUCCGCCGCGAAACAGAACCCCCACCUAAACCUCCACUGGGCGCGCCAACCGGAAAUCGGCCUCCCCCGGCCGGACCUCGUCCUGUUUCUCGACCUCGAAGAGGCCGUCGCCAGGGAGCGCGGAGGCUGGGGCGGGGAGGUGUACGAAAAGGCCGAGUUCCAGAAGCGGGUGCGUGAGCUGUUCUGGGGGCUGAGCUUGGGGCGAGUUGGCCCUGAUGGCGGGUUAGGCGAGGAGGGCAGGGUUGACCGGGAGUUCCGGCAGGAGGAGGAGGAUUUGGUUGUGGUUGAUGCUGGGGGGACGCUGGAGGAUGUUGCGGAGGAGAUUUGGAGGAAGAUUGGGCCGAGGGUGGAGGGGGUUGAGAAGGGUGUGGCUGGGAGCACGGUGAGGGUUGUGUCAUGA